AAGUUUUUUGUUAUCAAUAGAAAUACAUACAAAUUAUUUUGCUGAGCAAUAAUUUACCUGUUUUAUAACAAAGAUGAAAUUUUAUGUACAAAAUCCUCAAAUACGUGCUCCACGUCUUGGAAUUUUAAAAAAUGAAGGGAAAAAGAAUAUCGAAAUAGAGACUCCAGUUGUUUUACUUCACACUCAAGGUGGGCAUAUCCCACAUGUUACACAUGAAGUUUUUAAACUUGUUAGUAAGGAACCUCAAAUUUUGCAAAUACCAUUGGUUAGUAUGCAUAAUUUCCAAGAAACAUUGCAGUAUUACAAUGGUUCAAUAUCCGAAUUUAUUGGAAGUAAAGACAGUUUAACUUGUGUUACUCUGCAGGACCCUAGUUAUUUAACAAAACAGGGACAUCAUGUUAAAGAAAAUAUUCCUGUGUGGACAAAAUAUGGUAAAGUUCUCUAUGAUUCUGAAAAGUACAUGAAUUUAGUAGAAACGUUUAAACCUGAUAUGUAUUACUUAUUAUCGGAUGGAGAUACUAAUAAAACAAGUGCCCCAAAACGAAUAUCAAAGGCGGUAGAAAAUACUAUUAAUUUUAAUAAACAGUGUUUAGAUCGCCAUAGAGAAUCGGUAGUAUUAAAAGAAGCAUUUGUAAUGGCUCCUAUUGCGGGUGGAUACUGUAUAAAAUCCAGACAAAAGUGUAUUCAAGCUUUAUUGAAAAAUAUGCAUGAAUUAAAUGGAUUUCUUAUUGAUGGCUUACAUAAUAAUGGACCAGAAGUGGAGUUUUUGCCAUUUGAAGAAAUUAAGGAUGUAUUAGAAUAUGUCAUAAAAAAUAUACCUUCUGAAAAACUCUGUUCCGUGCAGGGUUGCUGGAAUCCAGUAAAUGUAUUAAAAUUGGUACAGACAGGUAUUGACAUGUUUGACACAUCUUAUUGUCGAAUAUUAACAGAACGAUCGGCAGCAAUGACUUUUCCAAUAGAAGAUAAUGAAGAGUUAGAAAGUUUCGAAAUAAAUUUGAGACAUUCGAAGUAUGCUGAUGAUUUUACACCUAUAAUGUUCUCAUGUCAGUGCUUAACAUGUAAUAGAUAUUCUAGAGGAUAUAUUCACCAUUUAUUAACGGUUCAAGAAUUAUUGGCGCCAGUUUUAAUUAUGAUACAUAAUGUUUAUCAUUAUCUCAGGUUUUUUAAGAAAAUAAGAAAUAGCAUAAAAAGUAAUACAUUAAAUAAUUUUGAAAAUAGGAUAUCCGAACUAUAUAAAAUUCAUCAGGAUAAAAUUUUGACUGCAAAGCCAGAAGAAGCAAGAUAUAUAUAUAACAGAAGUAAUGUUGGUGACAUAGAAUAAUACCUUUUUGUUUAUUUAUUUUGUUAUAUAUUACAAAUAUACUUCUUUUAAAUA